AUGGGCGAGAUCUUGAUACUAAACGAAGGGCUUUUGUGCACCAAGCUUCAACACUUUCAAAUUAUCACAAGCUCACAGAACAUGCCCAAAGAAAUCACAUAUAGCGAGAGCUCAGUUCUUAUACAAAGUUCCAAAUCACAAGAAACCGACGAACACUCAUGCGAGGAUAUGCCACCCCAAUGGCAGCCCCCACCGAGGCCAAUAGCGAGGCGCUGUUUCAUUAUCCUUUGCUAUAUUUUUGUGGCAGACUCGAACCUUGAAAGUUUUUGGAAGAGAAUCAGUAGAGACUCCUCAAAGGGCUGGAAAGACUAUCAUGCCGAAUAUUUUGAGUUCCUUAACCGCAUAAGCACUGUGCAAGGACUGCUGCUCACAACGACAGCUGUCUUCAUCUCAACCGCCGCCCCGUUAUCUAUCCUAAAUUAUGCUGCGGACAUUCCAUACGCAUGUUUGUCUGAGUCGCUUGUCUUUGCUUUGUUCGGGCUGUUCCUGCAAUUGUUUGUUUCUGCCUACUUGGGACCACGAUAUAAACGCGCAAAAACAUUGGAGGAACUCGAAGAGAAACGCUGGAUGAUCUUUUGUCACCUUUUCAAUUUAGCUCUCCCAGCUCUUUUCUUUAAUGCUUCUUUAGGUUGGCUCUUAAAGGCUAUUGUGAUCACCGGGUGCAUGUCACAAUCACUCCUAACCCGUAUUCUCACGAUCAUCACCGUCUUUGCUCGGGUCUUGGUGGAAUUUCUGUCCUUCGUGAUUCUACCUCCAUUUCGAAAAUUUUGGGCAGCGUCAUUAUGGGGUAUUCACCAUGACAGACAUUGAGGAUACGGGACGGUUCUAUCGCUUCAUUCAGCCUCUUUACGAUAUGCGCGCUCAUUUCUGUCUUUGACAGUUUUACUACGACCAUGAUAUUAGCAUGCCCUCCCGAUGUAUAUUUCUUAUAUCACAUUCACUCGUGUAUAUUUCUUCCGUCCAUUGUACUCGUGUAUAUUUAUCUGCCAUAAUCUCGAUCAGAUUCACGUUUUCGGC